GAGUAGCCCUUGACUGUUGGCUGGUAGACAAAUCAAGCAUACUUGGCUUUGCUAACCGUCUCAAAGCUAAAGUCUUUCGAGACGAAAUUGGACUAGAAACGCUCUUAAUUCCUUUGACGUUUUGUACCACCGUGUAUACAGAUGUACGAGCUCUAUUUCAUUGAGUGCCAUAAAGACAGACAGACGAAGUAUUUUUAUACGUACAUCGAUUGAAGGACGAGGUCUCAUUUAAAGUGGCUCGGCAUGAUUAGAGCUUUCCUCUUUUUUUUUUUCUUAGAGAAAAAUUAAAGAGGCUGUACGGAAAUUCAAAUCAGUAUCUGUUCUUUCUUUUUGACAUCUUCCAAACUUCAUCGAUUUAUCGACAUGGAGAAUUUAGAAGCGAUCCAUAUAAUUUUUUAUGUCCCUGAGGGUAUUAAAGCUCUUCAAUGCAAAUUUACUAUCUAUUUCAUUUAAAACAAGGAAAGGACUCGAAUUUGUUGCAGCAGAAGAUAUAAAAAAGACACUUAUUUUGCACAAGAUCGUCAACGAUGACCUUGCAACAACUACAUUCACGUAUGAGCCUCGAACAGGUCGUGUUCAUUUAUUCUGCCAAACGGACAGUAUUGCUACUCUUAAAAGUCAACUAUCAGCCACCCCACUUUUUUCCAUUUACAGUAUGACUUUAAUUGCUUCCGAAUCAGUGAUACCUCCUGAAAUAUUCAAUGAUGAUAACGAGCAGUCCACGCAUGAUUUUGUUGCCAGGCAAACCAGCGUUGCGCCCUGGUAUACAGUUAUUCCUGAGCAAUCGACAUUAGAUGAACAGCAACAGCACCUACAGCAAGAAUAUGUUUGCGAAAUGAAAGAGCCAAUAACCUUUAGAGCUACUUUCAAAAAAGGAUCAAUCAAACAUAAAGCUCGUAGCCAAGAAAUGGCUGGCUAUGUAGGCUUCGCUUUCAGCUCGUUUUUUAAACACUGGAAAGCGAAAAUGACAGGUUUUGACUAUGAAAUUAUGGCUGUGUGGAUCCGUACCAAAGAUCAACAUAUUUUGAAUCGUUUACAACAAGGAAGAUCAGAGGACCAGUUAAAAGUGGAGGAGGACUCUGUUAUUUUAAUGUUAGGCGUCACUAUCCCAACCCAACAUGAUCAGAAGCAAAGAAACAGAGUGUUUGUGGGCCAAACAAGUCUCAAUCCUUGUAUUGCUUAUUGUUUAACUUUGAUAUCUAAUCCUCAACCGGGACAAAUCAUUUUAGACAUGUGCUGUGGAACUGGUACUAUCCCUAUCGAAGGUGCUUCGAAUUUCAGCGAUGUGCUAUGGGUCGGAAGUGAAGUUAAGCAUAAAACAUUGACGCAAAAGGCUCUGGGUAAUGUCCAAUACUGCAAUCUAAAGAAUGUAGAGUUACUAUUGGGAGACGGUAGAAAACUAUGCUUAAGGGAUAAUACUGUGGAUUCUGUUAUAUCAGAUUGGCCCUGGGGAUUGAGAGAAAACUCUUUCACGCAAAUUCAAAAGCUGUAUCCAAAAUUUCUAAAGGAGAUGUGGAGAAUUGUGAACAAAGAUGGAAGGGCAUAUAUUGUGACGCAAGGGCGUAAGCUGAUGAAUAGAACACUGGAUUAUGACUGGUGCCAGAAACUUUGGAGUGUACAUAAAGUAAUUCCUAUUGGUAUUGGCGGUUAUGAAGUGUAUCUGUAUAUACUCAUGAAAAAAGCAGCAGUUCCGUCAGCUCAAACUUCACCGCUCAUGAAUUCAUUGUCAUAG